AUGGGACACAUUUCCAACUUUGACGCCUUUGAGAUUGUGAGCCGGGGCGAUGAUCAAACAAGGCUGAAGCAAGAAGCCUGGAUGUCCACCGACUGCUCUGUCAACCGCCACAUCAAUUUGUCUCUCCCCCUAGCUGACUCUACCGGCCUUCUGAACGGAAACAGUCACGGCGCGGGACAAUCGGAGUUGUCAACUAUCUCAGCGGCCGAUGAGGGCGGUGCGAUUCAGGUCACGGUGACAUGCGCGUCGGAUGCAUCCACACAGGCCGCAGUGGUGGGCCAUAUAAGGAGAGCUGUGCGCACGACUUCCCAGUCCCUAAAGGUGGGUGAACGAAGCAACUACUCGAAACGUCGGACCGCUAAUAAACCCCUCCUGUUGAACGCCUCUUCUUCUGAUACGCCACCUGGGAAUCUCAUUUUCACUACAAUUGACAUCACGUCGUAA